ACAGGGGAGAAAGAAAGAGCGCAAGAGAGGGAGGGAGAAUGCGUGUGAGAGAGAGACAGGAAGAGAGACAGAGGGUAAGAGAGGGAGAACAGUCGAUGGAUGCUGCUUGGACAGAUUGGGCGGUAUAUUCUUCUGUGAUAAGGACUAGAGUGCUGCAGGAAUGGAUGGCAAGGGAAGACACAUUCCUCCAGCAAUGGUAUGGUGUGAGAGGGGCAUACAGGUGCUUCUCACCACUGUGGGGGCCUUUGCUGCAUUUGCCCUGAUGACAGUGGCCAUCGGCACAGACUAUUGGCUGUACGCACGUGCCUUUAUCUGCAACAGCACUGCCAACUCCACUCAGGACGACCCCCACAACAAGGACAAGAAAGACCCUGGAGCCCUCACCCACUCUGGCCUCUGGAGGAUCUGCUGCCUUGAAGGGUUGAAAAGAGGCAUGUGCUCCCAGAUCAACCAUUUCCCAGAGGAUGCUGAUUAUGACCAGGAUGCUGCAGAAUACCUCUUACGUGUAGUCAGGGCCUCCAGUAUAUUCCCCAUUCUCAGUGCUAUACUGUUGCUGCUAGGUGGGGUAUGUGUGGCAUCCAGUCGGUUCUACAAGAGCAAGAGACACAUUAUCCUGGGAGCAGGCAUUCUGUUUGUGGUAGCAGGCCUGAGUAACAUCAUUGGUGUGAUCGUGUACAUCUCUGCGGCACUGAGUGACAUCUCACCAAAGAAGGAUGAAGACAAGAAGUGGCACUACUCCUAUGGCUGGUCUUUUUACUUUGGUGGCCUGUCAUUCAUCCUAGCUGAGGUGGUGGGUGUGCUAGCCGUUAACAUCUAUAUCGAGCGCAACAAGGAGCUGCGUUGCCGCUCACGUGCUGACCUCUUCCACAGCACUACAUCAGCUGUGCUGCGGCUACCCUCUUACCGUUUCCGCAGGGGCCGCCGUUCUUCACGCUCCAGUUCACGCUCUACAGCUGAGCCACCACGUUCAUGCGACCCCUCACCUCCCGGCCUUGGUGUCAAGAACUUCAGCCCACCACUGGCAACUGGCCCACCACCAUUCUCAGUGGCUACGUUGCCAAACCCACACACGCAUUCAGGAGGAGGAGGAGGAGGAGUUGGGGACAUCUCCAUGUACACACUGGGCAGGGAAGGCAAGCCACCCAUGUACGGAACAGUGGACCGUGCUUCUCUCUACCAGCUUCACAACUACUUCCCGACAAAGGAAGGAGGAGCAGGGACACUCAUGACUGGGACAUUGCCAUCACUUUCCAAAUCAAACCUGGCUUCGUCAGCUAAUGCCUCGUCUUCCUCCGGACCUGGAGUGCAGCCAUCCUCACUCACAGCUGGGAAUACGGCAACUAUGGAGAGGGAUAGGGGGCUCGGAACACUUGAUCGGCUGGGGAAAGGUGAUAGCAGCAACACCAAUACUCUCAACAGGAGAACAACCCCUGUGUAAUGCGGGAUUCAGAAAAGGGGGGGAGUUAGGAAGGGAAAGAGGUGGGAAAGAGAGAGUGGUUGCUUCAUCAGCUGUUUCAUCCAACAUGAUGAACAAGACAGUGAUUUUUUGUGGGGGGGUUGAGGGGAUUGGGUCUCAAAGAGAGAGAGAUAUACAGAAAGAGAGAAAGACUAGGAGAGAUGGAAGAGGAAGCAUGAUAAUCUGAACUGAGACAGGCAAGGAGGGUUAGGAAGAGGAAGCGUGGGAGGUAGAGAGACGAGAGAGAGAGAGAGGGCUGAGAAUCAGAGAAAAGGAGGAUGACUCAGAGGACACUGAGAAGAGAGAGAUAAGUCAAUCAUCCUCCUUUUCUCUCUCCAUAUCUGUUUUCAAACAUGGUGACUUUAGUCAUAAAUAGAGUUACAUUCGCACUUUUAUUGAUUCAUGUCAAAAUACUUGAUGUGUGUGAUGGUGGUCUUACUUUGGUCUCUUUUGAGUCCAGUGCUUUAUCAUCAGGUUUAUGCCUGUUACUUAUUUAGCAUUCCAAUACAGUCACUCUUAUUAUUGUAGAUGUUAAUGUUUGGGUUACUGGAAUUCACUUUGUUAUGAAAUUGUUUAUUUAAUUAUUUAUUUAUUUUAUUUCCAUUUUAGUAUAUGAACUAAACUGUGAUUUUUCUUUGUUGCACAUACUGACAAUAUUUUAUAAUGUCAUUCAGUGUCAAGCAAGUGCAUAUUUGUGAGGUUUUGUGACAUUAUUGGCAUCAUCAGCAAUGAUCA